AAAAACCAACAUUAUUCCAUAGCCAUCUUGAUCCUCACAAAACUAAAUAUCUUGUUUCAACAUUCAACCCUUCUUUCUCUCUUUUCUACCAUGGUUACAAGCUUGGGAAACCUAGCGUUACUACUCGACAUUUCUUCACCGCGAACCUUAUCUCUCGAUAGAAAGCCUCGUCUUAUUGGCGCAGACGCAACUCUCACCUUACCUUCUUCUUCUUCUAUUACUUCCUCCUCUUGCGGUUGUAGCUAUGGAUACGACGGAGGGCGCGUUGUGGUGGCGCGUGGGAAGUCGAACUCGGAGCAGAACGGGGUUGAUUAUGACGCGGAGUCGAGUGAUGAUGAGGGAGGGUUUGGGGAUGGGGAUGGGGAUGGGGAUGAUUUUGAGAAGAGGAUAAGGAUGAGAGUGAGGGAGUUUGAAGAGAGGAGAGAGCUUGAGAAGAAAGCUGAAGAGUAUUUGCAGAGUGAAGAUGGAGAUGAAGAGAUUACUGAGGAAGAGAAGAGGAUAAGAGUUAGGAAAGAGCUUGAAAAGUUGGCUAAGGAGCAGGCAGAGAGGAGGGCCAUGGCUCAGUUGAUGUUUGAUUUGGGUCAGAAAGCUUACGGGAAAGGGAGGUAUGGACGUUCCAUCGAGUUUUUCGAAGGCGCGCUCACUAUUAUACCAGGACCUACAUUAUUUGGAGGCGAGAUACAGAUAUGGUUGGCCAUGGCUUAUGAGGCCAAUUAUCGCCAUACCGAUUGCAUUGAUCUAUACAAGCAAUUAGAAAAGUCGCACCCUAGUGUUAGCAUCCGGCGCCAAGCUGCAGAGCUUCGUUAUAUUUUGCAAGCACCAAAGAUCAAGAUAACCCAAGAGGAGAUGGUGACUAUACCUUUGAUUUUUGACAGUUAUGACAGUUAUGCGGGAACAUGGAGCGAUAAAAACAAAGAUAGAAAGAGUGGAACAAUCAACACUCCAUUUCCAUCAUCAAAGAAUAACCUUCUGGAUUCUCUUGUGUGGAGCCCUCCUACUGGAUUAGGGAAAAAUCGAGCAUUCUGGGUUGGUUUAACAAUAUGGUUGGGAUUAGUAGGUGCUGCUCUCUAUAUUCAAAGAUGAAUGAUUCUAUUUUUGUGUUAUAAUUUUUCAUUUUAGUUAGUGUAUAUAGUCCAUAUUGUAAAAUUAUUGUAUGUAAUGUAACCAAUAGGAAAAAUAUGUUAAUUUUAUUAUAUUUUCCUGUUAGGGUGUUUGUUGUAUUGAAAUUACAAGAUUGUAAGUUCAAAUCUAGCUGUGUCAUUGUAUAUUGAAAAAAUAUAUAUGUUGAAAUUACAAA